UCAUGAAAGCCUUAACUUUUUUCUUUCCUUUCCCUUUUAAAUAAUAAAUUAUUUAUUAAUGUCUUAAAUCCUUUGAUUCUCUGCUUUUAAAGCAUUCCCAUUAGUUUCAGAGUACCCUUCCUCCCUCUUCUCUUUCUCCAGAACAGACUCUGCUUCUUCGGUCUCUGAAGUUCAAAUGGCCGCAACAGAAUUAAAAGCGGAAGCUAAAGAAGUGGAAGAACAUUUAGAACCUCUCAUAUGCAAGACCAUUCCGUUGAAAGUCUCCAUUCACUGCGAGGGCUGCAAAAGGAAAGUAAAGAAAAUUCUACAGAGCAUAGACGGUGUUUAUAACAUAAACAUUGAUUUGAAGCAACAAAAAGUAGUGGUAACGGGGAACGUUGACGGCAAUACUUUGAUUAAGAAAUUAACUAAGUCAGGGAAGCAUGCAGAGUUAUGGCCUGAAAAAGCAGAUUCGAAAAAGAAAAAGCAGGUAAAAUCAGAGAACAACGAGAAACAGAACGACCCAGCUGAGAGCAAGGAAGAAACAAACCAAAGCGGUGAAAACGAUAAAGAAACUGUUAAAGUUGUCGGUCAAGAUACAUCCAAAAACGUCGAAGGUGGCAAUAACGCCGUUAAAAACAGCGACGGAUGUGGCGAGAUUAACGUUAACAAAACCGGUGAAGGAUGUUCAACGGGUAAAACCGGUACGGUACACUUUCAAGAACCAAAUCAAGAGGUGAGGCAAACCGUAAUGUUACCUGCCGGUAACCAGCCACCGGUGACGGAGAAAAAAGUCAGCAUCGCAGUGCAAGUUCCUAACGAAAAUGAAGCAUUAGGGAAUGAGAAAGGCGGCGGCGGCGGCGACGGCGGAGGAGGAGGUGGUGUUAGUGGAGGAAAAAAGAAGAAAAAGAAGAAAGGGAAUAACAAUAAUAACGGCAACGAGGGUGCUACCGUUACUAUUGCACACUCUGGUGCCCCUGGUCCCUCUGGUUCGGCUAACCAGGCACAAGGUCAAGGUCAAGGUCAAGGUCAUGGUCUAGGACAUCCAGGUUCAGUUCCAAUUUCAAACCCAGCCAAUGAGAGUCCUCCACGUCAUCACAUGUACCCACCGCAUUACUAUCCACCUCACCCUCCUCCUGUUUAUAACGUGAGCUAUCACACGGCAUAUCCAAGCAACUACGGUGCAGCGUAUUAUGCCUCACCACAACCGUAUUCAUACGCCCAUGUGGUGCGUCCAGGUACCGAAGUAGAGCCUCCACCGUAUAUGUACGAAUCGGAAUCGUAUACAUCGCAGCCCUCUGACUCAUUCGUGUUCUUUAGCGAUGAAAAUCCUAAUGCAUGCUCGGUCAUGUGAAUGUAAGACAUGUUGCGCGCAAUCAUUCCAUUCUAGUGCUUUUUUAUACAAUUUGUAUGAGCAUGGCCUGCAUGGGGUAAUUUUGUAAUACUAGUAGACAUAGGAGAAUCAUUAAAGGCUUAGGUUUUAUAAAAAAAAAAAAAAAAAAAAAAGGUUGUGUAGAAUAAUAA